GUUCAAUUUACAACGGAUCUCUGUGGAAACUACCGCCAGACAAAAUUUUGAAAAAAUUUCAAAAUCUGGCCCUCACUUUCUCGUUUGUACAUACGCUCUUCCCAAUCCGGAUCUUUUCUCCUUCAACUUCUGCCGUCAAAUUCCUCGGAGAGACAGAGAGAGAGAGCUGCGUAUGGCUUCCAAGAACCAGAACAAGCCUCCUCCUGGUCUUUCACAUGGUAAGUUCAGUGGCGAUGAGGUUUUGGUGGAUAAGAGACGAAGGAUUGGAGGUACUAAAAUGUCAUCCAGCAGUGUGGCCAGACCACAAACCCGGCAAGCAUUUUCAGUAGUUAAUGGGGGGCAGGAUCCACCUCCAAACAGUAGGCCGCCAAGCAGCUCUGAUUGUGGAGUUAUUGAGUUCACGAAAGAGGAUGUAGAGGCCUUGCUCAGUGAGAAACCCGGAAGUAAAAAUAAAUUUAACUACAAUUUCAAGGAAAAGAAAGAACAAAUGGAUGACUGCAUUAAAAGGCUCAAGCAGUGUAUUAGGUGGUUCCAACAGCGAGAAGGCAAUCAUGUCACAGAGCAGGAAAAACUCAAGACAUUGUUGGAACUCGCAGAAAAGAAAUGCAGUGAUGUGGAACUGCUGAUGAAAGAGAAGGAAAAUGUAUUGAAUUCAAUCGUCAUAGAGUUGCGGAAAGACCUAGACACUCUGCAAGAAAAGCAUACUAAAGUGGAGCUAGAUAAAUCGGAAGCACUGGAUUCUUUAGCACGAGAAAGAGAGUCCAAACUUGCCGCAGAGAAAGUGCAAGCUUCCCUUCUAGAAGAACUCAAGCGAACUCAAGAAGACAAUGCUAGUAACAUCCAGAAGAUUCAGUCACUCAAUGAUAUGUACAAGAGGUUACAGGAGUACAACACAAGCUUACAACAUUAUAACAGUAGGCUGCAAUCUGAACUUCAUGAAACUAAUGAGACACUGAAACAUGUUGAGAAAGAGAAGGCAGCAGUUGUGGAAAACCUUAGUACAUUGAGAGGCCACUACAGUUCUCUGCAAGAGCAACUUGCAACCUCAAGGGAAUCGCAAAAUGAGGCUGUAAAACAAAAAGAGGCACUGGCUAGUGAAGUUACAAGCUUGAGAGGCGAUUUGCUGCAAAUAAGAGAUGAUCGUGAUCGGCAGUUGUUUCAAGUUCAGGCUUUAUCAACUGAAGUAAUGAAAUACAAAGAAUGUGCUGGAAAGUCGAUUGCUGAGUUAGAUAGCUUCACUAGCAAAAUGAAUGAGCUAGAGUCAACUUGCUUGUGUCAAACUGAGCAAAUCAGACGACUGCAGGAGCAGCUGGCAUUUUCAGAGAAGAAGCUGAAGUUGUCAGACAUGUCAGCAACAGAGACAAAAUCUGAAUUUGAGGAACAAAAGACAAUUAUUCGUGAGUUACAAGAAAAACUGACUGAUGCAGAAUUGAAAAUUACAGAAGGAGAAACGCUUCGUAAAAAACUGCACAACACUAUCUUGGAGUUGAAAGGCAAUAUACGUGUCUUUUGUAGAGUGAGGCCCUUUUUGUCUGAUGACGGGAUUGGAACCGACACAAAAGUAAUCUCUUUCCCAACAUCCACAGAAUCAAUGGGUCGAGGCAUUGAUAUUAAUCAAAAUGGGCAAAAGCAUUCUUUCACUUUUGACAAAGCAUUUAUGCCCGAUGCGUCCCAAGAAGAAGUUUUUGUGGAAAUAGCACAGCUAGUACAGAGUGCACUGGAUGGUUAUAAGGUUUGUAUUUUUGCUUAUGGGCAAACUGGUUCCGGCAAGACAUAUACUAUGAUGGGCAAGCCAGAGUCACCUGAUCAAAGAGGUUUGAUUCCAAGAACAUUAGAGCAGGUAUUUGAGACGAGACAAAUUCUUCAAGCCCAAGGAUGGAAAUAUGAAAUGCAGGUUUUUAUGCUUGAAAUAUAUAAUGAAACAAUUCGUGAUCUGUUGGUGCCAAACAAAUCCAGCUCUGAUACAUCUCGACCAGAAAAUGGGAAGCAAUACAAUAUUAAACAUGAUGCAAAUGGAAACACUUAUGUUUCUGAUCUGACAAUUGUGGACGUUCGUAGUAGCAAGGAGGUUUCUUACCUCUUAGACCGAGCAGUGCAGAGUAGGUCCGUAGGGAAGACUCAAAUGAAUGAACAAUCUUCAAGGAGCCAUUUUGUCUUCACCCUGCAAAUUAGGGGUUUUAAUGAGAGUACCGAUCAACAAGUACAAGGCGUUCUUAAUUUAAUUGACCUUGCUGGUAGCGAGCGGUUAUCUAAGAGUGGCGCUACUGGAGAUCGGUUGAAAGAAACUCUGGCCAUCAACAAGAGCUUGUCGGCGCUAAGUGAUGUUAUAUUUGCCUUGGCCAAGAAGGAGGAGCAUGUCCCUUAUAGGAACUCCAAAUUAACCUAUCUUCUCCAGCCUUGUUUAGGUGGAGACUCCAAGACGUUGAUGUUCGUCAACGUGUCACCGGAUCCUUCAUCCGUAGGUGAAUCAGUUUGUUCACUGCGGUUUGCUAGAAAGGUUAAUGCUUGUGAAAUAGGUGUACCAAGGCGCCAAACGAGCCUAAAGUCUUAUUCAGAUUCUCGUCUGAGCAUUGGCUGAUAUUUAGAAAGUGUAUUUUACAUUGAAACAUUAAGAUGCCCUUCUAACCUAAGCAAUCUUGUAACUUGAUUGAUUUGAUACCUUGAGCCCAUGUAUUGUGUAAGCUGACAUUAUGUUUGUAUUGAUAAUAGAUAAAAUCGUUACAAAUUCAAAUUCUCUC